AUGAGAGAGUCGUCUUACAAUCACCGCCGGGCUGAGAUCCAGGCAGCAUAUCUCUUGCCGCAUGUACGUCCACAUCACCACGUAUUGGAUGUCGGAGCCGGGUCCGGGAGCAUCACCAGGGACUUCGCCAGCCUCUGCCGCAGCGGCCGGGUCGUCGGUAUCGACUACUCCGUCGACAUGGUGAAGCACGCCCGGAAAACGUACCUGGACGAUGCCGUCGAGACGCCGCCGAAGAACCUGUCCUUUGAGGUGUGCAACGCCGAGGACCUCUCCAUCUUCCCUGAUGCCAGCUUCGACAUCGUGCACGCUCACACCUGCCUUACGCACGUAAACGACCGCGUCAAGGCGCUCCGCGAGUUUCUCCGCGUGUGCAAGCCCGGCGGUGUGGUGGCGGUGCGAGACCCCCUGGACAUCGAAAGGCAGGUGGUCUGGAGGCCGGAUCUGCCCGCGAUGAGGCUGCACGGCCGCAUUGCCGCUACGCUCUUGCGAGCGAAGGGCGGUGAUCCUGAAGCCGGGUCUCGCCUUGCGGAGUGGGCGCGGGAGGCAGGCUAUGAGAAGAAUGGAGGAAAAGUCACAGUAGGCCUCGGAGAAGAGAGGCAGACCAAGAUGUUGAACAUUAUAGGCGCGGGUAUCGGCAAGGAAGAGGCGAUUCAACUGGGCAUCAUCACCGAGAAGCAGCUUGAUGAGUUCAACGAGGCCUAUGAUAUUUGGUACGGGACGGAAGACCAUAUAUGUAUCGGAAAAGUAGCCGAAAUGCUCUGUUUCAAGGGACUCGGAGAUCAAUAG